UCUUCAACUGUGCACAAUCAUCGUUUCAACCUCGGUUUCAUCAUUAUAUUUAUCAUCCCUUAUUACUCUUUGCAGCUAAUAGAAACUGGUAGUGUUAUGCACUUUGUAGUGAAAUCAGCAUACAGUUUAAAUAACGUACUAUGAGCCAAGGUCGAAACUCGGAGGAAGUGGUGCACGUGAAUUUACUGUUCUUUGCCAAAUCACGCGAAUUGGUGGGGACUUCUUCAUUUGCUAAUUUUCCGGUGGUUACCAUUGAAGGUCACCAGAGUGGAUCGGUAAUUAUAGAAGCAAUUUGUGAACGUUUUCCAGCGUUGUCUAUCAUCCGCGACAGUAUAAUCAUUGCACACAACGAACAGUACUGUGAAGAUUUGACUAAACCGAUUAAGGUAGCGGACGGUGACGAAAUUGCAGUGAUUCCACCCAUUGCUGGAGGAUAAAUCUUUGGUUAAGAUGAACUAUCUUAAGCUCACGUACGAUAAACUGGACGUGGGAGAAAUCAAUGACCUGGUAGCACAUGAGAGCUGUGGAGCGAUAUCAUUAUUCGUUGGAACAACCAGGGACAAUUUCGAUGGCAAAAAAGUGGUUUUAUUGGAGUAUGAAGCGUAUGAUGCAAUGGCAAUUAAAUCAAUGAACCAAAUAUGCGAGGAAAUGCGUGAACAUUGGCCUGAUAUCAGAAAUAUUGGAAUUCACCAUCGCCUGGGAACGGUUCCUGUCAAAGAGGCAUCAGUCGUGAUAGCCGUUAGUUCGCCACAUCGCAAGUCCAGUCUAGAAGCAGUUCACUUCGCCAUCGAUAAGCUGAAAACAGGUGUACCUGUGUGGAAAAAGGAAAAGUACGCAGAUGGAGAAGGCUCUGAAUGGAAGGAGAACAAAGAAUGCAGCUGGUCAAUAAGUCAUAAAAACAAACACUGACACUGUGUACAAACCAUUCAGGGUUAUAUGUAGAUGAAUGAAUAGUUAAAAUUGCGGAAUAGUCUAUUGGGAAAUUUUAGCAUGGAAAAAG